GAAACUCUCCCUUCCAAACUCCAAUUCCAUAACAGACUUCAAGGUGACCUACUUGGGUAUCUUACUUAUGGAACAAAUGCGUUAAGUGCUAAACACUGGGACCAAGGAAUGACGCAGGCGCUGGCAACGCCAAUGCAGAUCAGGCGGAAGCCGGUCCCCAACAACCUGCAGACACAGUCGGCCAGUUCCAACAAUGAUUGUUCCGCAGAACAAAAGGCCGACCAACCGCCGCCCCCACUCCCGGACCGGUUGAGGUUUGCCGAUGGGCCCCGCGACGCUCCGAUGCAUAUGCAGCCCGGCUCCCGAGAAGAUCCCGAGUUGUUCCUUCAGGUCCCAGAGUCCCAUCACCGCCUCCGGCCGCAAACGAGUCUUCCGGAUCUGACGCGUUUCGCAACAACGCGUUUCGAAACAGUCACACCUGCCCCGUCCUCGACAACGAUAAACUCAGCCUCGACCUUCGGCCCUUCUGCCAGCAGCACAAAAGCAUUCCUGCAAAAUGCCUUCACAGAAGCGCGGCAUUUCGCAGGCGGCCUUAUUCCCCAGCCCAUCGAGUCCACCAAGCACUACACCAUCCUGCGGCACUCUCCUCCCCUCAUACUCUACCGUGGCCCCUCCACUUCGGUGACCAUCACCAUCUUCAGCUCACCAGAACACCUCCUUCCCGCCGACCGCACCCUCUGGUUGCAGCAGCGUGGCUUCUCAGGCGACAGCGGCAUGAAGGUCAAGGCCUUUUUCAACGCAACCUCUGGCUGGCUUGAUGUGACGCCGUCGACCCAGCUGCAAACGCAGCACCUCAAGCCAGACACCGCGCGAGCAUGGCAAAGAGACAUUACGAAGGCAGCAAAGGCGUUGAUCAGAGAGAACGGCGAAGCGAAGGCGCACGUCGCGAGGGAAACGCACGUGCUACGGAUCCCCAAGGACGCCGAGGAUGGAUACUUCCGUCUGAUUCUCUGCACUGGGGGACCAUCGGCUGCGGCGGCUGGGCAAGACGCAAAUAAUUCCUCUUUCAAACGCAAGGUCCUCUGCAGCAGCCCCAUCUUUCGCGUCGCCAGUGUCUCGACCGACUCGAGUAAAUUCCGCGGUGCGUCGCUCACUACCCUGCCCCUGGAAGUGGGCGUGUUUGUCGCCUCCAAGGUUGCUACCACUGCGGUGGAGACGUACACCGCGCCGGUCCGCCAGCCCGUGCAAGCCGUUGUUGACCGUGCGAGGCCGGGCUUCGUGGGGGCAGCCAUCGGAGGGUUGGUCCUCGAUAAACUUGGCGAACGUGUCGAUGCAAAGAAGGAUGAACGCGACCAGGCAUCUGGACUCGACACUAGGGCGUCCGAUGACUCUAAUAAGCACCGCCUCAAGGAUGUUUACUUUUGUUGGACGCCGGCGACUUAA